CCCACGGACCAAUGAGAACACAGCUAAGCUAAUGUAAACGGCGCAUCGAUGGGGUCUACGAUGCUCAUCCUCUGGGUCACCCAGUUCCUGGUCAACUCGAUUGCCGGCACCGAGCCCACCGAUGGUCAGGUAACCAUGGUGACGCUACUCCCGAUGAACGAGAGCUACACGUUCUCGAUGAAAAGAGUUCUCCCUGCUAUACUAAUAGCUGCUGAAAAGGUGUGCCAACCAGGUGGUCCACUAGAGGGGCGCCGUAUUGAAAUCCUCCACGCUGACACCCACUGCGCCGCCAACGAGGCGAUGAACGAGGCCAUCACGUUCUACAUCAACAGAAGGCCCCACGUCUUGCUCGGGCCUAGCUGUGAAUAUGCUCUGGCGCCGGUAGCUAGACAGGCCAGGUACUGGAAACUGCCGGUCAUCACUACGGCCGCUGCCCGGGACUUUUCCAACCUAAAGGGGUCCGCCUACAAGACUCUAACGCUAGUCUGGAGCACAUUGAUACAACUAGUACAGGGACUCUAUACCAUCAUGGAGCGGUACGAAUGGAGCACCACAAAGAUUCUCUACCAACCGGACGGCCUAGAGAACCGAUAUUGCCACUUUGCUGGCGAAGCUCUCCACUUCGAGCUUACCGCCUUGGGCAAGCCGACCACGUACUUCAAGUUCGAGAAGAUCGGCGAGAUGCUUGAGAACAUGGUCCCGGAAAUCGGCAACGACAAAGCCAAAUACAUCACAUAA